CCAACCACUCAGUUGAUUGACGAUACUGGGAAGGAGAUUUCAUCUUCCGUGGUCCGCGCCACGCUUUCGCUGCCUAAUUCAAUUAGCCGAUCGACCCUGAUUGCCAGUCUACACGAGGCGCUGCUGGAGAAUAGAGCUUCUGCCCACUAA